AUGUGGACGCAGGUACAAGGAGAACCGUCUAUCGACAUCGUCGACUGGAGUGUGGCAAGGAACCCAUGUUCCCUUGUCAGCAAUGUCCUUACCGUGCCAAGCAGAAGAGUACCCUUCAGCUUUUUGAUUAGAUUUUGGUGUGAACCAAUGCUCAUUGUUCCAAAUAAGCUGUACAACUGUGAGACAUGUGGACGCAGGUACAAGGAGAACCUUUAUCGACAUCGUCGACUGGAGUGUGGCAAGGAACCCAUGUUCCCUUAUAAGAUGUACAACUGUGAGACAUGUGGACGCAGGUACAAGUACAAGGAGAACCUCUAUCGACAUCGUCGACUGGAGUGUGGCAAGGAACCCAUGUUCCCUUGUCAGCAAUGUCCUUACCGUGCCAAGCAGAAGAGCAGAGUCACGCCCAACAAGUGUGGUCGCUGUGGCCGUCAGUACAAGUACAAAGAUAACCUCCUCCGCCAUCAGCGUUACGAGUGUGGCCAAGAACCUCGCUUCUGUUGUCCUCAUUGUCCCUACAAGGCCAAGCAGAAGAGCAAUCUGCAGACUCACAUGAUGAACAAGCAUAACGUCUAA